GUUGAAGCGCCAUGUCCGGAGCGGUAAAUCCUUCGGUGCUCGACGGCGAAGUCCCGUUCAGCGCAUGCGACUUUGGACUGGACAAGCGUCUCAGCAAAGCAUGCGCGAAGAUGCAGUUUGUCCACGCUACCCUUGUGCAGAAGCAUUGCAUCCCGCUUGCUCUACAGGGCAAGGACUUGUUGGUGCGUGCGCGUACCGGGUCGGGAAAAACGGCUGCGUUUUGCUUGCCGGUUUUGCAAAAGCUGCUGGCAGCUCACACCCCAACGACGAAAAAGAGCAUCAAGGCGCUCAUCUUGGUCCCGACCAAGGAACUGGUCGAUCAAACGAAAGCGCAUCUUUGGGAACUCAUGUACUACUGCCGCGACAUUGUGUCCGUGCUUGGUUUGAGCGGCCAGACUGUCAACGCCCAGCAAGCACUCCUUCGUGACCUCCCCGACAUCUUGAUCACCACGCCGAGCCGCCUCGUGAUCCACUUGGAGGCGGGAAACGUCGACCUCAAGCACUCUGUGCACACGGUAGUGAUGGACGAGGCUGACAUGAUCCUCUCGUUCGGGUACGGUGACGAUGUGAAAAAGAUUUUCAAUGCGCUGCCCAAGAUUUGCCAGCACUUUUUCAUGUCUGCUACUCUCAGCCCGGAGCUGGACGCGCUGAAGAAGGCAUUGCUCCACAAUCCGGCGGUCGUGAAACUCGAGGAAGGGUCGACCGACGGCAAGCUCACACAAUACUACUUGCCUGUGGCCAAGACGGACAAGGACUUGCUCCUGUAUGCCCUCAUCAAGCUCGGCAUUGUCCACGGCAAGAUCAUCUUCUUUGUUAACUCGACGCCGGCCGCAUACCGCCUCAAGUUGUUUUUCGAGCAAUUCCUCAUCCCGGCCGCCGUGCUCAACGCCCAACUGCCGCACAACUCUCGCCAGCACAUCAUUGAGCAAUUCAACCGAGGGUUGAUUGAUUACUUGAUUGCCACGGACGACAGCAUGGACAAGGACGAAGGAGAUGACGAUGAAGAGGAGGACGAAGAUGACAUUGGCGACGACGAGGCUGACGAAGAUGACGAGGAUGUGGUCGAAGAAGAGGACGACGAAGAGGAGAAUGACGAAGCGGAAGGUGAUGACGACGUAGAGGACGAUGAAGACGACGAUGGAGUGGACGAUGAAGACGACGAUGAAGAGGACGAUGAAGACGACGGAGAAGAAGACGGAGGAGACGAGCAUGACAUGGGUGACGAUGCCGACGGUCCGACCAAGGCCAAGUCGAAGCCGGCCAACUCGAACCGCGACCAAGGCUUUGGUGUCGCACGCGGCGUGGACUUCCGUGGUGUCAGCUUUGUUGUGAACGUCGAAUUUCCCAAGAGCGUCAAGUCGUACACGCAUCGUAUUGGGCGAACGGCGCGCGGUGGCGCCAACGGGACGGCCAUUUCCCUUGUCGCCACCAACGACGCUGCGGAGACCAAGUCGCUGGCCCGAGUCCAGUCGAAGCAAGCGCCGAUUGUGCUCGAAUCGAACGACGUGCUGAGCCAGCCAGCGCCGCUUGCGUUCGAUAUGAAGGACAUUGACUGCUUCCGGUAUCGUGUGGAAGACGUGCGCCGCGCCGUCACGGGCAUCGCCGUCCGUGAAGCCCAGUUGAACGACGUGAAGAAGGAAAUGCUCAACUCGGACAAGCUGCGCGCCCAUUUUGAGGACCAUCCGCGCGAACUGAACCUCCUCCAGCACGACAAACAAGUUGGGAAGGCGCGCAUCCAGCCACAUUUGGCCACGAUUCCGUCCUAUUUGGUCCCAACGGCGCUGCAAGCCCCUGCGCCAACCAAGAAGCGGAAGCAUCACGGCGGCACGUACAAAAAGAACCACAAGCGACGGACAGACAACGACCCGCUCCACACGUUCACACACGACGAGGGCAAGGCGAAGAAGUCCAAGGGUCUUCCAGACCCUGACGAAGACCGCAUCCAUGACGGAAACGGCGGAAUCGGCGUCAGUACGUCGGGCCGUCAAAAGUGGAAAGCGGCGCGCAAGAAGGGUCACUUCAAUCCGAAAACCAUUGCCAAGCGUGAACGGAAGGCCCGACUUGGCGCCAAGCACUAGACCUUAUAACCUCCCAUUACAAACACAUGACGAAUCGACUGUCC